GCACGGCCGCCACUUGUCAAUUCUUCAUCAUGGUGAUUGUAGCUGAGAAUCUGCCUGUCCCUAGGGCGCUAAAUCCGCCCCCAUUUGAGUCCUCCAAGAAGAUUCGCGUGUUAUGUUUGCACGGGUUUCGCACCAACAAGGCGGUCAUGAUGGACCAAACGCGCGGGAUUCGCACUGCGCUGGGGGAUUCUGCCGAGUUUGUGAUGCUCAACGGCACGUAUGAAGCUCGAGGGACGAGUGACCCGAUGGUCGAGAGUGCGUACAAGGCGAGCGCUCCGUUUUACGAAUGGUUUGAGAACCAAUUAGCAGAUGGAUCUCCGUUACUGUACAACGACGCAGAGUCAUCUGCCAAGGCGCGCCUCCAAAGUGGUGCGGAUAAAGGAGAAGACCAUGCAUGGAGUCUGUCAUACAAGGGCAUUGAGCAGUCAAUGAUAAGGAUCGACGAGGAACUUCGUCGUCAGGGUCCGUUCGACAUCGUCAUAGGGUUCUCUCAGGGCGCGGCGCUGUUAACGAUUUUGACGAUGUGGUACCUGCGCCAUGGCAACGUGCGCUGGUGGAAACUCGUGAUCUGCGUUGGUGGCGUGGACGUGAGUGGUGUCAAUGUGAAAUCACUCUUCCUGGACAUGUCAGGGGACCGCGUUCUUGUGCCUCUGCCUUCGAUUCAUCUAAUUGGAAAGACGGACCCACUUUAUCAUGAAUCUCACCGAUUGGCGUUGUCGUGGGCGGAUAAAGCGGAGCCUAAUGCGUUCAAGAAGCGAAUCUUCGUACACGACGGCGGACAUAAAUUCCCUUCUGCUUCUAGAAACAGCGAGUUUUACGCAGAGCUUGGCCGGAUCAUCAAACAGCACUGCAACAAGGGAAUCGAGACUGCGGCUUCGAGAUUGUAACCAAUACUAUGUAGUACAUGUAUCAAAAUGUUACACGAUGAACUACUUUGUAACUUUCGACCAACAAAAAUGAAAAGCCAGCAAUUCGAU